GCUCCAACUCAUAAAACCUCAACAACAUCUCUCUCUCUCUCUCUCUCUCAUAUACAAUUGCAGUCUAGUUCUAUUACACUUCUUUCAUCACUUCAGUUUCCAAUUCUCUUGUCUCUUCGAAGUAAAAUGGGCAAUUGCUAUGCUCUUUGCAAGCCCAGUAUGGGCUUGUAUGUCAAACUUGCUGCAGCAAAGCAUGGGAGAGUUUUACAAGUCGUGAAGAUGGAUGGAAAGAUUUUAGAAUUCAGCACGCCAAUUCUUGUUAAAGAUAUGAUGGUGAACUUUUCCGGCUCAGGUAUUGGUUUAUCCAAGGAUGCCUCGGAGAAUCUCCCACCAAAUUAUGAAUUGAAGAUAGGCAAAACUUACUAUAUGCUGCCUUCUUUGAGUUCUGGGAGUCCCACUAGUACUACUGCAGAAAUUUCCUCAAUAGCAGACAAGGACAAAGCCAAUGGUGUAAAGAGGAUUAAGAUUGUUAUAACAAAGCAACAGCUCCAGGAGUUAUUGACAAAGCAAAUAUCAGUGGAAGACUUCAUGUCAGGGCUUGAGAAACCAACGUCUGUUUCUCAUGUUGAUUCGUCAACAAAUUGGAAGCCGAAGCUUGAAUCUAUCCCUGAAGGGAGCGAGUAGCAUUAAUUGCUGCAGUGAUUAGAUAGAUGUUCUAGUUUUUGUUUAACCAUUAAAGAUAACCAAAUGACUGUUAUAGGACACAAGGAAGUCUGAGAAUUAUUCUCGUCCUCUUUGGCUCAACAUGUUUCCUUCUCAGUUAAAUCUCGUAUAUA